AUGAGUUGGUAUAAGGACCCAUCAGAAGAUAGUGCUAUUCAGGUGGAAGAUUCUCCAAAGAAGGAAUCUUCUUACGUUCAAGUACCUACCUCAUCACCAAUCCAUGUUAAAUCGUCACCAACCAAAUCUAAUAAUGAUUUAAUGCCUCCAAGUAGAACUCAAAUAAACAAUGGUUCGGGCGAUAAUGAGGAUAAAGAAAGAAAGCUUGAGGCUAAAAGACAAGCUAUUAGAAACCAUAAAGAUUUUCCUAUGGUGAAGAGAAGAUUUUAUUACUUGCAAGAAAGUGAUAUAUUUAAGGGCUUUGUUAAAGGUAAAGGUAACCUCCGGGAAAUAACACAGUGGUUAACAGACAACUACAAUAAGGCUGAGAUUUUAGGAAGACAUGAAGCAGAACUCAAAAGACAACGAGAAUUAGGUCAAGAGGAAAAGAUGAAACAAGAGAAAGAAAGGUUAUUAAGAGAAUAUCAACGUCAAGAAGAAAUAAACCAAAGAAGAGAACAAGAGGAAAAAGAAAGAUCUGAAAAGGAAGGUCAGAAUAUUGAUGAUCAGUAUGAUGAUGAAGACCUUUCCCCUAUUAAGGUAAGAGGUAAAGCCAGAAUUAAGUCUGCUGCACCCCCACCUCCACCACCACCAGUAUUAUUGGAAUCACCAGAGAAACAAUCUUCUACCAAGGUCCAUAUAUCCAAACCGAAAGUGUCAAUUUUGGAUAAGUAUAAAUAUAAACCAAAGCAACAACCCAGUAUUGACCAGGUUUUUAGACCUCAGGAAGAUAUUCAACCCAAAAGGAGAAAGCUUGUACGUGCAUCCACUGUCAGCAGCGGCGAUGACUCUAAUAGAGGUUCUCCAGUAGCAGCAACCUUUAAUUAUCAAGAUCAAUACGUUCCUAAACUCAAGAUGACUAUGAACGGACAUGCAGUAGAAAGUGAUCAAAGUAAUAGGGGGGAUGAUGGAAUUGUUGAAGAUGACGAUUUAGAAAAAUUAGAAGAAAAGAUCAAAGCAAAUAGAAGAGCUGCAAAAGCUUCGAAAAACGAUAGAGUCAUAGAGGUCAGUGAUAAUGAUUUAGAAGACGAUGACAUGAGUGAUGAUAUGUCAGAAGAAGACGAUGAUGAAGGCUAUAAGACUGGCUUGACCACUAUUGAUUCGCAAAUUUUGGAAUUCUUGAAUAAUGCUUCAACCCAGGAUAUCAUUGAAAUUUGUAAUGUUCCACCUAAGGUCUCAGAAUUGAUUAUUACCAAGAGACCAUUUCAAAAUAUCUAUGUGGUCGCUGAAGAUAAAUUUGAGUUACCAAGCGAAAAUACAGAAGAGAGUGGUAAUGAAAAGAAGAGGAGGGUGCAAAGGAAGACUUUAGGUCAGAAAAUUAUUGAAAACACAGAAUUUAGUUUGAAGGGGUAUAAGGCAGUUGAUUCAUUAAUUAAGAAAUGUUCUGAAUACGGUGACUUAAUUUCCAAACAAAUGGAAAAAUGGGGUGUCACAAUUACUGGUGAAGGCGAGCUUGAAAUGGUGGACCUUGAACCUACUCAAAAUGCGAUUGAAAUUGAAGAUAAAGAUGACUACGAAGAAGAGGACGAAGAUAUUAUUGUACACCAUAAAAGUAAAAGCCUAACAUAUAUUAAAGAGAAACCAUCAUUAUUACCAGAAGAUAUUGAUUUGAAGAACUAUCAACAAGUUGGGAUUAACUGGCUUAAUCUAUUAUAUCGUAACAAUUUAUCAUGUAUUUUAGCUGACGAAAUGGGUUUAGGUAAAACCUGCCAGGUCAUUUCUUUUAUGGCGCAUUUAAAGGAAACUGAAACCAAGAAGGGCCCUCACUUGGUUAUUGUACCAUCGUCAACUUUAGAAAAUUGGCUUAGAGAAUUUAAUAAAUUCUGUCCUGAUUUGAUGGUCCAAGCUUACUACGGGUCUCAAAGCGAAAGAGAAGAAUUAAGAUAUGACUUACAGAAUAGUGAUUAUGAUGUUAUGGUUACGACUUAUAAUCUAGCCACAGGAGCUGCACCAGAUUUUAAGUUCUUGAGAAAUCAGAAUUUUAACAUGAUAGUGUACGAUGAAGGACAUAUGUUGAAAAAUUCUACUUCCGAAAGAUACAAUAAAUUAAUGAGACUUAAUGCAAAGUAUCGUUUAUUAUUAACAGGUACACCGUUACAAAACAAUUUAAAAGAAUUAGUUUCACUUUUAGCGUUCAUGUUGCCAAAUCUUUUCAACGAUAAGCGUGAAGAUCUCCAAGGAUUAUUCAAUCAGAAAGUUUCAACUGUUGAUUCAUCUGAAGGUAAUUAUAACCCAUUAUUGUCGUUGCAAGCCAUAGCUAAAGCGAAAACAAUGAUGACCCCCUUUGUAUUAAGACGUAAAAAGGUACAGGUUUUGAAGCAUUUACCGGGAAAAAUUCACAAGAUUGAAAAUUGUGAAUUGACUCCUACUCAGCGAGCCAUUUACGACGAUUAUUUGAAUCAAGGAAAGAGAACCAGAAUUGAAAGAGAGAGAAGAAAGAAGUUGUCAAGUAAAGAAAAUGAAAAAGCAAAAAAGAAUGCCAUCCCAUCAAGUUCAAAUGUUAUGAUGUCAUUAAGAAAGGCUUCAUUACAUCCAUUAUUAUUCAGAACAUUAUUCACGGAUGAAAAGGUUGCCAAAAUGGCUAAGGCUAUCAUGAACGAACCAGAAUAUUUUGAUGCUAAUCAAACUUACAUAUUGGAAGAUAUGAAAGUCAUGGCAGAUUAUGAGUUAAAUAAUCUUUGUGAGAAAUUUCCGAAGACAUUAAGCAAGUUUGUUUUACAAGACGAGGACUGGCUCAAUGGUGGUAAAAUCUCAAAGCUAAUCGAGAUCUUGGACAAAAUUAUAAACAAGAAAGAAAAAGUGUUAAUUUUUUCAUUGUUCACUCAAAUGUUGGACAUACUAGAAAAAGUGUUGACCAUUUCUAACAUGAAGUUUUUGAGAUUGGACGGACAAACAAGUGUUGAUACAAGACAAGAUUUAAUCGAUAAAUUUUAUGAUGAUGAGACAAUUCCAGUAUUUUUAUUGUCUACCAAAGCCGGAGGUUUUGGUAUCAAUUUAGUGGCAGCAAAUCAUGUUAUAAUAUUUGACCAAUCGUUCAAUCCCCAUGAUGACAAGCAAGCAGAAGAUAGAGCUCAUAGAGUCGGUCAAACAAGCGAAGUUGUUGUGACAAAGUUGAUUGCCAAAAAUACAAUUGAAGAGAACAUGUUACAAUUGGCGGAAAAUAAAUUGCAAUUAGAUCAAUCUAUCAGUAGUAAUGAACUCACUGAUUCCAAAUUCGAAGAGAAAGCAGCUUCCCUUUUUGAAAAGCUCUUAUUCGAUAAUUGA